AUGGCACCAACCGAGAUACUGACCCGACCGGGGGAGUUAUGGCAACAAUCUACAAAUAAAAUGCAGCGGUCGACAACCGAUAUCUGGCGUCGGUCCACAAACUUGUGGUACGACUCAAAGGAUAAAUGUCAACAAACCACCAUGGAUAUGUGGCAUCGGUCUGCCGACUCGUGGACAAAUUCAAUGAACCGUUGUCUCCACUCAACGGACAAGUUGACGAGCUCUGCAAUCAGACUGCAGACUACGAGCAAUGAAAGAACUGAAAAGAAAGCACCGAUAGCUUCGACAACAAUGGAUUCUUCUUUCACAUCAUCCGCGCUCACACCAACCACCAUUUCUCCAUAUUCACCCGAGUCCCUGGGAUCACCAGAACCCAUCAGGCCCCUGCCAUCCUACCAAAAAAUACAAUAUGUACCCUACUCAAAACCAUCAUCUCGGACCCGAUCUCAAUCUGAAUCAGAUACCAACUCUACAUCGUCAAGUUCACUCUCCAUCGAUCUUGACAUAGAGAAGAAGAAAGCAGCAGAUCAACAAGCCAAAGAACUGAUUGAGUUGACCAAAAAGAUCAACACCGACAUAGAACAAGCCAAACAACUAAGAGAUUCGAAGUCCGCUCAACUAGGCGAAAUCGAACACAAUUGGAUCAACUCAACCAUCACCGACGCCAAAGACUCAAACCAAGAAAUGAUUCAAAUCCUCGACUUUUAUCGCCUCGUCGCAGAAAAGCGCAAAGGAAGAUUGAACUCAUCAAGCCGCAAGCGCUGGAGAACUCAGGACUGCCAACGCGUUCGAGAAAAAUACCCUCGUCUCGUGCUACAUCAAAGCCGAUUGGAAAAGGUGCUCACACACCUGACCGUCAUGCUGCCUUCUCCGGACAUCUCACCCGAAGAGCCAACGGGAUCAUUCUCCGAACCCCCACUUUGCGAAGCAACCGUGAAGUCGUUCGCAGAACUCCCAGUCGAGUAUGAAAUUACAUCAUCCUUGCCAGUGAUUGCUGAACUCCCCUCUGGAUCGAUACUGUCAUCGACCGAGGCAUUGAUCGGAGAACUAUCCGCCUCAGAUAGUGUCAAGCGCAAGCAUAUGCUGCCAAUACCAAAGAUCAUUGUGACCCAGGUGGUGGAGGAUUUGUCAGAGGACCAGAGAAGAAGCAAGGAAAUGGAUGAGUAUAGCAGUUAUGAAAACAAGGAGAUGGACGAGAUGAUGGCCUGGGGAAAGACGAGGAAUGACAUUCAAACACAGCAAUCUGAGUCUCUGGCUCGGAUUUUUGCUGAGAGGGAGAAGAAAUCCACGCAGUGA